GAUGGGGGUGAUUGCCGAGACAGACGUAGAUUAUGGUCGAAUUUACGGCCCGUUCCCCGCCGUCGGACAUAUACCAAUAUCUCAUUUUAUAGGAUACCUGACAGCCGACGACAGGCAUGAUACUGGAAGUGUAAAGAUAAAUUUAAAUGAUUCUGUGUUAGGGAAUACAUGGCUGCCGUACGUACACCCUGCACGGACAGUUGAUGAACAGAAUAUGGAAGCCUAUAUGAAGGACGGGAAUAUAUUUUAUAGAACUCUCCGAAUCAUUCGAGCAGGAGAGGAGCUCUUGGUUUGGUACAGCAAAGACUUUGCCCAGAUUCUAGAUAUUCCAUUGUCGCAUAUCGUGCAAAGAGAGGAAAAUGACACAAAACUCGUCUGCGACAAGUGUGAUGAGAAGUUCCGAUACAAAUUUCCUCUUAUGGCGCAUUUACGUUUCCGGUGCACAAAGGUCACCGGAAGUCAGUCUAACACCUCGCUAUCACCAACAAUAAGCCGGAAUAAGUCUGUAGCAGGAUCUGAGAUGGAAAUAAAUUCAAAUCAUGACGACCACAAGGGAUUAAAAAGAAGUUUAGAAACUGACUUUGUGAGCUCACAAAGAAAGAAACUAUGUGUAGAACCUAGGGAAGAAAACAACAAUGAGCAAAUGCCCGGAACAAGUAAUGAUAGAAAUACUUCUCCAGGAUCAGGUAGUGCAAUUAGACAAAGUUCCUCAAGAGACAUUGGCAGCGCUUUUCGGAAAGUUGAAAAAUCUUUUGUUAGAGAAAAUGGUUCGCCUAAUGAGGAAAUGUCGCUUUUGAAUAAACCUUUUACAAUAAAUGAGACGAAAAUAACCUUACAGAAGGAACACGAAAUGAUUGCAAGGCAUUUAUACAAUAAAGGCAUGAUACCACCACAUUCAAUGGCCAACAGAUUGCCUGUUGGGAUUGGAAUGUUGAGUCCUGGCUGGAUGGCACCAGUUUCAUCAGUAGCACAGUCUUAUUUAGAUCCACGUGUGUAUUCAGAACGGAUACAGGUGUCGGUUGCUAAUAAACCACAAAUGGUCACACCUAUAAAUAGCGUGAAUAGAGAGACUCUCAGAGACUUACAUAAUGGAGAUAUGUUUAGCAAACAAAUGUUAAUGGAACAAUUAAGAAAAUCACACUUACCUUUCAUGCAAACUGCCAACCCAAUGGUAGAGAAAAUUCUUCAGACGGCAACUCCUACAAUGAAUCAGCGACCAAUACAACCUUUGUCCCUGGCACAAAACUGGUGUGCAAAAUGUAAUGCUACUUUUAGGAUGACUAGUGAUCUCGUUUAUCAUAUGAGAUCUCACCAUAAACGAGAGUUUGAUCCAAUAAAGAAAAAGAGGGAAGACAAAUUACAAUGUAAUGUUUGCAAAGAAACUUUUAAAGAACGUCAUCAUCUAACACGUCAUAUGACGUCACAUACCUAGCUAUAAUUAUGACAUUUCACUUUGUGCCAAAUUUUGAUAAAACUUGUAAAGAAAUACUUGCGUUUCAUUGUGUUUAAAAUGUCAUUUGUGAUGUUUGUAAAGUAGCCAGCUCUUAACACGGAAUAGUUUAGUAACAUUUAAAAAUCUUGCUACCUUAAAUUCCUCUAUGUUUGUAUUAAAGAAAAAGAAAAAGAAUAAGAAGAAGACCA